AAAAAAAAAAAUAAAAAAAAAAUAAACCAACUUUGAAGCCUGGAAAAUCGGACUGAAAUAUCACCUUGUGACUCCCUCCCGACUUUGAAUCUUUUUCCUCCUUUUUCUUUUUUCUUCUCUGUCUCUCGGAUCUGAUACUACUGUUUACCCUUCCUACACUUGGAAGACCCUCAUUCACUAACCCACAUCCUCUUCCCCUACCCUCUUGAGCUAGGCAUCACUGUCAGCAGUGGCUCGCGCCUUGACUCAAACGAAAUCCUUUUUGUCGUUGACGAGUUGACAUCUCCAUACUAGUCGGGUUUACCCCAUACGACUAAGUACAGGUCAACUUAGAGACAAGGGAUAUCGUAUACAGACAAUACUAUACCAUAUUAUACCACCUACCCUAUAACUAUACUUCAUCUAAUACUUUAUACAUCAAUACUUUUGUGUAUAUUCUCUUUCGAGUCUCUUGUACUAUCUAGUACAUACCUACCUUUUAGGUAUUCUAGACGGUCCGGCACGUCAGCUCGGAGUUAACGGCAUUUACCACCCCUUACCAGGGAAUUUGGUGCUUAUUGACGAUUUCACGUUUACUCGUAACUGUCGAGCCACCUAUCUGCCUAUCGUGUACUUCAACGACUCUUCUAGCCACGUUACGGAAAUUAACGUCGUCAAGAUGUCGUAUAUGUCUCGAAAUAACUCUUCCGCUUCGCUCAUGGGCUUUUCUAUUCUCCAGCCAGCCGUGGGAGGCACUUUACAAUUCUUCCCUGCCAUGGGUUCUAAGCAAUUGGAUGAGUUGAUCAAUGCUUACGUCCCUGGCAAUGCUUCCAUUUCUGAGAAGCGCGCCACUGUCUCCAUGGAAUUCUUCCAACACGCCAUGCUCACCGGCGAAUCGUUCAAAUUCUUCACAGUUUAUCCAUCUCGUAGCUCUACGAUUGAAUCUCCCGCUGGCUCCACGAUCGAUUCCGGUUACGUGUCCAACUUCACAUCUCCAGUAAUAUCCGAGAGUCAAUGGACGCCAAGCAGCAGUGGAUCAGCCGCAUCUCCCACAUCCAAUGUUCAAAAGACGUCUUCUAAGAAGUUGAUUCCAUCUACUGACUUCUCUCACCUUCCUGGUAUGAAAAUACUAACCAAGGAUGGAAUGGACGUUACCAACUCAGCUUCCCGCGGGUGUAAGACUAAGGAGCAACGUGACCAUGCCCAUCUUAUGCGAGUUAUCAAGGCGUGCGAUGCUUGCAGGAGAAAGAAGGUACGUUGUGACCCGAGCCAUAAGAGGUCAUCGGGUUCCUCUGGGGCCAGGGUGACUAAGAAGGUAAAGAAGUCAGUUGCUGUAUCCGCGCCAUCAGCACCGGCACCUGCACCAUCACCAGCACCAACAUCAUCAGCAUCUGUAUUCGCGUCCUCGUUUGAUACACAUGCGGCAUCGCUAUCUUUUAAUUCAGUCAUGUCAGAGUCGCUAGUCGACCCAAACAUGGACUGGAACCAAUUUAUCCAAUUUGACGAGCAGCCAACCGAAGCCAUUCCGUAUGACUAUGACUUCUUCCUAGAUCCUGCGGGUUAUCUUUCACCCACAUCAUCGAACUCAUUCUCUGCAUCACAACCCAUCACACCUGCUCAAUCAUAUGGUACCGAGAACAGGCCUCUCGCUAUCAACGAAGGCGAAACCCAACUACCACUUCCACCUUAUUACAACCCAGGUGGUGAAGCUGGAAAUGAUUACGCCGACUUCAAUCUCUACUCACCAGGUUCUUCGACAUCUCUCGACGACGAUCCUGCACUAAUUAGAGAAGUUGCUGCCAUGCCCCAUCCGGAGUACUCAGAUUAUCUGAGCCGUCAGCAACCACUUGAUGGCAACUCUAGACAAAAGGGUAUCAUGUACCAGGACCAUAACUUCACCACGCAAUCAGGGACAUCGGCGGGCGCAGAAAGUCCCACGUCGCUCUUCUGGCAUGAACAGACAUCGUCACCAGAGCGGUUAUACGCCCACCGGAAUUACUUCUCUAGCAUAUCUCCAUCAAUUCAACCACCCAUUACGACACACGGCGAUAACGGCCAGACUAGUCAGAUACCGGAGUGGCAUGUUCCGACUUCCACGGGCGAUCCACACCUCAUACCACACGUGAGAGCAAACGGAAUGUUAUCUAUACCAGGCGGGACAGAUGUAUCGCCAACUCAACCGGGAGCAUCUCCUAGACUACAAGGCUUGCGGUCUAGAUCGCUUGCACCCUCUGGCGGAAUAAACAUAGACAGCUCGGUCGUAACGAACCGGCAAACUCAGAAGAGUUUGACGACUAUGUUGGCAACUAGCCACGACCCUUCAAUCUCUCCGUUCACUACUUCUCCAUCAACUACUACUUUGGCCACCACUUCUCGCUCCAACAACUCUCUAUCCCACAUUUCAGGAUUGUCUGCAACCAACAGCACCCCUGCAGAAACUCCCCACAGCCCGCUCAUUAUUCACGGCGGGAAACCAACAUCACGCCCUGCCGCCCUAGAAGGGUAUAUAGCAGGAAGCUUAUCCCCUGUGCCCUCUUCAUCGAAUGUGAUGCUUUUCAUGAAGUCUACGGUCAUUACAGUAUUCGAUGAUCAGAAUACAGCCGAUCGUUCUUCUCUCAUCAUGAGCACUGUCAGCCGAACGUUCCAGAGCAUUGCUGCAUUUAGUUUCCAGGCCAGAAUGGUUACCAGAAAUAUCUUUUGUGGCCUGGAAACUCUAUUCACGUCAUCGUUCGAGAACCAAGUGCUACGGUCCACCAUGAUACUCUCAGCCCUAGUUUCUGUUCUACAUGGGGCCUUGCCCUUAUCACCGUUCAAGCCGGUGCACCAAAAGAACACCACCCUAGGGAACAGUUGGAUUGGGACAGCCCUACACCCAAAGACACAACGCCGAUCGGAACCACAAGAAUGGAACUGGCUCAGAGAAGCUACGGUUGUAGCCUGGUUGCUAGCUAUGACUACUUUCGCAGCUGUUAUAUUAAGCUCGCUUUGUCAAUGGCAACAGCUGGAUAACAAAUCCAGAGAGCUUGGAUUCAUCCCCGCCCUAAUGGGGUGUUUGAUCAUCACCGUUGCUCAUACCAAUUCACGACAAAAAGGUGGCCCAGGCGUGGCCAUGCUGGAUCUGGCCACACGCCAUCCUUUUGCCGUGAAACGACUCCCCUCGAUGGCCAUGAGCCAUAUGAAGACGACACACAAUCGCUUAUCCCGAGGCCUUUCUGAACUGCAAAGUUACCUGAGAAAGAGCAUCUCUUUUCGACCAUCCGAUAAGUCCAUGACCAAAGGUCUGCUGUCCCGCUUGCCAGCCAUGAUGACGAUCACUUCGUGAUUGUUAUUUGGAUGAUGAUACAAGGGGGAUGCAUUUGCAUGCAUCGACGGGAUCAGCGUGCGUGGGAUUCGUAUUGCCUCGAAAAGAUGAUAUCCUUGAUGGGAAGAUAGUAGCGAAUGGCAAUUGGCUAGGAGUAAGCCUCGUAGUAGUACCAUAUGUGCCUACCUAGCUUGUAUGUAGAUAUACAAGCACCUACCUAGGUACAUACCACUGUGUAGUUAAGAAGGAAAAAAACUGAUGGUUGAGGGUCGGUCUAGCUGAUGAUGUCUGCGAGGUGGUGUUUUCCCCGCGCCUACUUAGACUAAUACGACCUUUGACUGCUUUUAUUAA